CCCACCCCUGUGAUACGAAACAAACAAAAUGAAUGGGCAGUCAAAGGUCAUUUUCAGAGCUUUUGAAAAGUUUUUGUUCCUUCAUGUGCACCAUAGUUCACGUAAAAUCAAUCAAUGAAAGUCCUUACAUAGAUAUAAAAAUCUAAUCCAGUUGUCAAACUCGGCCCUUGAACACGCUUUCCCAGCUCAAAACACAGCAAUUCCUCGCAAGACUAAAAAACAAGAAAAGAGCAGUUUUACCUCUGAGAACUUUCUUUGUUGGUAUAAAAAUCAACUCAAGAUCCUGCAACUUCAUUGCUGAAUUCAGAAAAGAAGAAGGAAUCGCUCCUCCAGUUUAUAAUCAAAGAUCCCCUUCUUAUUUGCAACCAUCCGAUAGCAGGAACAGUUUUCCGGGUAAUCCUAUACAUUCUCGGUAACUGCAAUUUGACAAAAUUUUCCAGAUUAUAAAGCAAUUCUUCAUUUUGUUAUACGUACUCAACAAAGAUGUCUAGAGACAGAUCUCACCAAAUUGCCAUUCGCAUUGAUCAAAAGCUUUCUGACCUAUUGGAUACGUCGGAGAAGCCAUCGAUCUUCAAAAUCCAUGGUCAACUACGAAGUGAAAAUGAAGAGGCAUACGAACCAGAAGUGGUUUCCAUCGGACCUUAUCACCACGGUAAGCCUAAACUGAAAGAGAUGGAGAAGCAUAAGCUAAGGUACUUCAAAGAGAUUCUUCGUCGUAGAGGUGAGAGUGCUGAGAAAUACAUCAUAGCUUUGGCUGAUCUUCAAGAUCAAGCUCGAAGGUGUUACGCAGAAGAAAUCAAUCUUAGUAAUGAUGAUUUUGUUGAAAUGCUAUGCCUUGAUGGCUGCUUUGUCAUCGAGUUCUUGAGGAAAUGUAGACAUCCAGGAUCACACUGGCAGAAUGACCCCCUUUUUCAGAUGCUUUGGCUACGCACAGCCACUGUGAAUGACCUAAUAUUAUUUGAGAAUCAGUUGCCCUUUUUUGUCCUGCAGAAACUGUUCGAUAUGACCAAGUCACCAAGAGGAGAAGGGAACCUUAUUGACCUAGCUAUUCAUCUCUGUCUGGUUGGGAACUUGCCCAAUCCAGGUCUAAAUUCUCAUUCUGAAAUCUUCGAACUUUAUAAUGCGGUUCAUCUUCUUGGCCUCGUGCACAAAAUUCUGUCUGCCUUAUUUUCUGAAACACUUUCCUCAACCAUGAAUUCCAAUCCUACAGACUCAUCUGUGUUCGUAAAAUCAGCUGGUGAGCUCCGACAAAGUGGAAUCAAGUUCGAGAAGGCAGAGGAUGGUAAAUCCUUGUUCCAUAUCACUUUCGAAAAUGGUGUAUUUAAAAUCCCUCCUUUAGUUGUGGAAGAUCAUACAGAAUCCGUCUUCAGAAACUUGAUUGCAUAUGAAGAGUAUAUGUCUAAUCCAUCUGAGACAUGGAAGUGCGUAACUGAUUACAUAAUCUUCAUAGAUUGUCUCAUAGAUUCCCCAUCCGAUGUUGAAGCGCUUCGCAGACAUGAUACCAUCGUGAAUCAGUUAGGUAGUGAUGAAGCACUCUCUAUAAUGUUUAACAAGCUAAGCAACCAUGUUCAUGUUGGCGGGAGAUUCUGUUACACCAAAAUUUUUGAUGAUGUGGACAAGUACACUCGCAGGCGCUGGCAUAUUUGGAGGGCGCACCUACUGAGCAAAUAUUUUAAUAACCCGUGGGCUUUCAUUUCGUUUCUGGCUGCAUGUGCCUUGCUUCUCCUAACAAGUGUGCAGGCCAUAUUUUCCAUCCUACAGUAUACGUCGGCUUAAAGAAUUUAAAGUAAGCUAGUUGUGCUUGUUGUGUAAUUUGUUAGUCAUUGUACUUAAAUACGAAUAAAGUCAUUGCAUGUACUUGUAACAAAUUCUUGAUCUGUAUGAUGUAAAGAACUCUGCUGUCUUGUAUAUUGAUAAGAAUAUAUUUUACGUAUUUUUUA